AUGUCCAUGAUGAUGAAUAAACCUAUGGUCAUCGUGCUCUUAUUGAUAUUAACUCUUUCAGCAUGUAAGGCUCAAUCUACUGCACCAAGCUCUGUUCCUACGUCGGUAACAACAAGAAGUUCCAGUCCGAGCCUCCUUGCUGGCCUGACCCGGAAUCCUGCUACGGCAGCACCUGCCAUUCCUUCCCCUACUGCGUCGUCACCACCACCAUACAGUGCUCCCAUCUUUGGAUUGCCAACAACCGAUACUUGCGCGAAUAACCCAGAAUGGCGAUACGAAUACUGGGAUUACUUUGGUUGCACCCCAGUCUUACGAAACCUGACCUGUGACCACUCCAUCGUCGACUGCUUGGAUUAUGGAAAUCUUGGGGCUGCCAAUGAUCACUGUUGCAAAUGCAAUCCAUUGUGCUUCUUUCAGUGUAAUGACUCUAUUAGUAUCCCACCGUCAUUUGAUAAUGACUGUUAUACUACUGGGGGCUACACCUACAGCGACGAUUUCUACGGCGAUGACGAUGAUGGACCAGACACCAUUGUGCUGGUGGUCGCAGCUUUUAUUUUUGUAUGCUGCGGACUUGCUCUCUGUCAAAAGAACAAUCGGAACCAGCAAAACUCUCGACGUGACGCUACUCAACAAACCAUGGCCGCAAGACGACGACAGCAGCGUGCAAACAACACAAGUAGUCAAGGGUUGACUGAGGAAGAACGAAAUCAUUCCCGUUAUGAAGUCUUUCUUACAAAGUUCUAUUUUCAGACGGUGCUGCCGGACAAGUCCAACAUCACUGCGAAUAGCUUGAGAAGUUCAGCAUCCAAGCCUAUAAUUGACGAAGAACAUCCAAGUGAGGCUCAUCAUCACAACAAGGAUGAUGAUGACGCCUCUGCGGUAUUCAAUAGCAGCAGGCCAACCAGCCAUUCUUCUCUAUCCCAACGGCUAUCCAGUUGGAGAAGACCAUCGUCGAAGGACGAAUGCUGCAUAUGCCUGGAGUGCUAUGUAGUCGGAGAGACCAUUUGUGCUUCGAAAACGAACGAAUGCAAUCAUGUGUUUCAUGAAGCAUGCAUCAAUCAGUGGCUGAAGAAUAAUGACAAGUGCCCGUUGUGUCGUGUGGAACUACUAAACGAUUAG